GCGGACCCAUGUGUCAAUCAGUCAAAAGACACACCCACCACGUCCCUCCGGAGGCGACCGAAACCCAUUCUCUAUCUGUGGCGAGCCACCGUCUGCUUCCUUGUGCACUUCACUCUGCACUGCAGUCUGCGCACACCCAAACCACCCCGCCACACAAAGAGCAAAACCCUCUUUCUCUGCCCCUCAGUCACCGCCGCGAACUUGCGUCUUGCGAUCGAGGGAGGAACCCACCAAAUGGCUCGCGUGGAGAGGCAGCCGCGGAACCCUAGUAGGCUCGCCCCCACCUCCCACCCGGCGCCGGCGCUUCCGACGACGCCGGCUGCUCGCCGCCCCGGCACGCCACGGAACGCUGCCCAGGGCACAGUUUGUGCAACAUGUGUUUGCGGUUCAGGAAAUAAUGCCCGCUGUCACUGCAAGCAAGACGCAAGAUCCAGACAUAACCAAACACACCACGGUAAUGAUGGAACAGCCACAGCCGGGGGAAUUGCAAAACCAGACUCUCAAGAUAAGCUCAAGAUGGCUAGAUUUUCUGGUGGUACAUAUUCAAAACCUGAUGCAAGAGUGAAGCUGAUUCCUGCAGAAGAUAUUACCUAUUUACAGCGUCGGAAACCAUGUGGUAGAACUGUUGGGUCAGUUGGGUCACAGAAAAGACAUUGCAGAAGAAGUGUCACACCACCUCCAAGUUCACGAAGAGUGUCUCUCCUAGGAUCUAGAUCGCUUGCUGAAAAUCCUAUCCCAUCAGUGUCAUCCCAUGACUCGUGUUUACCCCAUAAGAGGCUUGAGACAGCUGAAAAUAGGGACCCAUGUGCUGGGGGGCACAUAAGUAGCUCUGUGACUCCCUGCACUUCUUUGAAAAACCUUGCAUCACCGAGUUGCAAAUCCUCACAACCUUUGAGUACUAAUUUGAAUACUGAUGCUACUCCAAGAAAUUUAGACAGAAUGGUAGGCAUACAAACACAAGCACUCGCCAGGAGCUCCAGUUCGAGUAUUUUGCAUUCUCAAGGCCAGAACAGUGAAAAAGUGUCUGCUAGUUUGCCAAAAGAGGCAGUGACAAAUCCUGCGUCUCCUAGUCCCAAGCAAAUUGGUGCUCAACAUCCAAGUGACAAUCCUCUUGUUACGAAGGCAGGACCUUCUAAGAGUGUGUGCACACAUGAGAGUGAAAAGUUGUGCAGCAGAGACAUCAAUUUAACUGCAACAAGUACUACAGUUCCUGUCUUGCAAGCUCCUGUUGUGGAGCCUGCAUUGCUAAGCUCAACAUCUGUGUUCACUGAAAGGCCCUUUGAGGUUUAUCCUGACACAAGAACUGCUGCUCCUGGCAUGCAGGAACUUAGUGUGAAGCAUGUGUUGCUGACCCCAAUACCUGUGCGUCAUGAACCUUCUACGGAGUGCCUAAAGGUUCCUCCAAAACACAGCCUGCAUUCCAUUGCAUCUGCGCAACAUGGUGCAUUGUCGCAAGAAAGAAACUCAGGGGCAUCAAUUAGCCAUGGCAGAUCUUCAGCUUCAGGUGCACUAUCAAUCUUACAUAUGAAGCUGGCCAAGAAGCAUUAUCAAUCACAAGCCUGCUGGAAGGGCAACUUUCAUGUUACUGGAGGACUGAUACAUACUUGUGAUGGACUUGAAGCCCAUUUCCCUUUAGAAAUUUCUGUAAGAGUUUAUGAAGCUUCAAACCAAAUGCCUGAAAUUUUAAAUCUAGAGGCUGUACCUAUUUCCCAGCUGUGGCCAAAAAAAUUCAAGAUGGUACCUCCCGACAUUGAGGAUAUUGGACUAUGGUUUCUGAGCAGUCGCCAAAGGCCACACUGGAGUUUUGAUCACCUUCUUGAAAAAGUUUGUUCACAUACUGGUCUGUUCACAAAAAUUGGUGAUAUUGAGUUGGCAGUGUUUUCAUCGAAGUUGCUUACACCACAAGAUCAGAGGAAAGAUGGCAAAUUAUAUUUCUGGGGUGUUUUUGGGAAGCAUAUGAGGAAGAAGUCAUGCCAACCAAACAGUCAUAUAAAAAAUGUGGAGAUAAGCAAUCCCAGUCAACCAAAUGGCAAAUCUGAGGAAGUAGGCAUGAAAUUGGAUAUGAGAAAAGGCAAAGAAAAAGAGAGUGCUAAAUCUGACGAGGUAUUGGAUUCAACAGGAGGCAAUGAUACCGAUAGGGUCAAUGGCUGCGUGGCAGUGCUUGAGGCUCCUGAUUCAGACCCUGCAUCCAGUUGCUCGGUUCCGGCUGCCUCUUCUCUUGGCGGAUAUUGCCAUCAUGACUCUGCAAAAAAUAGCUCUUCUAUCUUAGAUUCUUCAUGCCAGCCUGCUGACGGAUCUUCUGUUAGCCCAGACCUCAUGCUGGACAUACCCCCUGGAAUUUCUGCGCAUAUACCUCCUGGCUUCACAAAAGCCCACUGUCAGCUUCAGAUGGGAACUGCUGCUCUGUCUUUUGCUGAUAGGCAUCGCAGUCUGAUUUCGGACAUUCCUCCAGGCUUUACUGAAGUUCAUCGUGGACUCCCUCCUGCAAUUCCACCUGCUGGACCAGCUUGUGUGUCGACCCCUGGGACUGAAAAGAAGCCCUUCGUUAGGUUCUCGCUUAAUGUCCCAAGGCCUGUUGGAAUGGGAGCUCCACCUGGAUUUACUCCACUGCAUGCAGUGAAGAAAGAGCCUGGGCUGCCUGAUGUCCAUGAGACCGCAGAUAAGCACACACUACAUUCUUUGGCAGCUGCGGCAGCUGCAGUGGUUAAGCCUGGGAAAGGAGGUGAAAUGAAAAUCGCAGACAAUGAGGUAAAGACUGAACAAGAUGAAAACUCAGAGGAACGAGAUUUUCCAAAGAUCAGGAGGCUUUCAGACCUGUACUGUAGGCCUUCGGAGGACAGCACUGAAUUUUCCCAGCGUAUGCCUGCACGCUUGCCCGACAAGUUUCAGGAGCAGAGACCCGAGAAACGUCUUGUGCAUCCACGGGAGGAGGUCGGGCGGCGAUGAUGCCUGCAAAGGGGCCGAUGGCAGCAUCGCCAGGUGGUCGUCUGGAUAGCGAGUGCGUUGUAUGUGGUGAAGAGUUCCCCGCAGAGUGAUUUCUAGGAUUACCUCGACAAAGGGUACUAGACUGCUUUGUGUUAGUGAUUAUCCUGUUCAGCGGCAAUGAUGUACAUGCCUGGACAAUUAGCAUGCUGAGCUUGUGCGUACAGGCCAGCACUUAUCGUGAAGUCCGUGCUACAUCAUCGAAACGGUUAACGAUAUUGGGUAGUUUUGGUGAAACCCAUGCAUCAAAUGUGAUGGUCGAGCAGCAUUACUGUUUUUA